UAAAUUAAAAGAAUUUAAAAGAAACACGAAUAUAUUUAAAUAUCUCUAUGACAAAAUGUUUUCAGCGGGGAUAUACAAAAACGCCCAUCAUCUUCUCAAUUACUUCCGAUUCGCUGACUACUACGACUACUCUUUCUUCCAUGCGAAUUUAAUCCGUUUUAUCUCCCAAGGCCUUAUAUACCACUUACUAAUCCACCCAACUCAACUGUGCUCAAUUUCGCUUCCGCAUAUGCGCACUACGUUGGAUUUGUGUGCGGCGGACCUUUCUUUUUAUGGGUUGUGCACUUUAAAUAAUUAG